CCUCCCCUAGCCCGAGGGCGAUGUGGCCGGCCGGCGCGGGCACCAAGCUGCCCUGUGCCCGGGACUCGGCGCUUCGGCGGGCGGCGUUCUCCGGGAACCUCACCGCCCUGCCUUCUCAUCUCGUGCCCGCCGGCCGCAGCAUCCGGGUUUUCAUCAGUGCCAACCCUGAAGAUACAGGAGCAGAACGGCAGGCACUGAGAGAAAAUGUGUACCCUAAACUGAGAGAAUUCUGCAGAGAAAACUAUGGAUUGGAAUUUCAGGUCAUAGAUCUGUACUGGGGGAUCUCCGAGGACGAGUGGGACAGCCCUGAGCUGCAGAAGACGCGCAUGAAGCUGCUGGAGGAUUGCUUGAAAACUUCUGCAGGUCCAUGUUUUGUUGGGCUGUUAGGUGAAAAAUAUGGGAACAUUCGGAUCCCCGGGGAAGUGGAAGCCUCGGAGUUCGAGAUGAUUUUGGACGCCGCCGUGGAGGCCGAGCUGGAGACGAAGUUACUGGAAGAGUGGUACUGCCGAGACGAGAACGCGGUGCCGGCGGCCUAUUACCUGAGACCCAGACCCGAGGUGCUGAGGACCAGCCGAGCGGCGAUGCAACCCCCUGCCAACACUGAAAAUGAGAAGCCGUGGCAAGAGAUAUCAGAUGAAAUCAAAACAAUAUUUAAGGCUGCUGUCAAACUGUUAUAUGAAAAGGGAAAAAUGAAACACAGUCAAGCUAAGAGAUACCUGUUCUCAGCCAUCGAGGAUGAGUUUGACUUUGCACUAGGCAAGCAAACCCCAGCAUUCCUGAAGAAGUGUGUGUGCUACAUUAGGAAGAUCGCUAACAUUGAGCGCUUUGUGAAAAUCCCAGAGAUGGGAAAAUACAUGGAUAUAACUGGGACAGAACCAAGGAUCAUCCGUGACCCCGAAGCUCAAGAGAAGCUGAUAAAACUCAGGGAUGAAUUCAUUCCUACUAUCGUUGCAUCGUCCAACUUGAGGGUGUACACCUCUGUUACUCAUUGUGACAUGAAACUGGGCUACUCCCAAGAAAUAGAAAAUCAUUACAUAGAGGGACUUGGUAAGCAAUUUUAUGAGGACAUGAUUGAUAUAAUUCAGGCGACAGUACAACAGAAUUUUGACACGGAAACUGAUACGCUGUAUGAUGAAAUCCUCCAGCAUUCGUCAUUAUGUAAAACGUAUGCCUCCUUCUACGAGUACAAAUGUGAAUCUCUGAACAUCCUGCACAAAUACAUCCUUCCAAGCAAAACUGGACACAUCAACCCUCUUAUUGUAUAUGGUGGGCCAUGCACAGGGAAGACCCUUCUGCUAGCAGAAGUUGCAAAGAAGGCUUAUGGCUGGCUACAUGAAGACACAGGACCAGAGUCUGACCCCGUCGUCGUGGUGAGAUUUCUAGGGACAACAGACGUGAGCACUGACCUGAGGCCUCUCCUCCUGAGUGUUUGUGAACAACUGGCAGUCAACUACCGGUGCCUGGUUCAAAGCUACCCGAAGAAGAUCCAUGACCUCCGAGACUUGUUCAUCAACCUCUUGAAUGAGUCUUCAUUGCAGAGACCCCUGGUGAUAAUACUGGACGCCCUGGAGCAGCUCUCAGAGAAUGACGACGCCAGGAAGCUCUGGUGGCUCCCAGCUCACCUGCCCCGCUUCGUCCGGAUCGUCCUCUCCACACUGCCCAACAAACACGGGAUCCUGCAGAAACUACGGUGCCUUAUCCACGAAGAAAACAGCUACAUCGAGCUCAUUCCCCGGGACAGGAAGAUGUGUAGUCAGGUCCUCAAACACCAGCUGCUGCGUGUCAAAAGGAAGGUCACAUCGGGCCAGCAGAUCUAUGUCAACAAUGCAUUCUCCAAGUGCACACUGCCCAUGUUUGUGAACCUGACUUUCAGGGAGGUGAGACACUGGCGAUCUCACAAGGAUGUUGAUGAAUCCUCCCUCUGCGUCACCGUUCAUGAGAGUAUAGAGCAGCUCUUCUGGUCCUUGGAAAAGAAGUGUGGUCAGAAACUGGUUUCGAGGGCUCUGGGUUAUAUCACCAUGGCCAAAAUGGGUUUGAGUGAGAUGGAGCUGGAGGACGUGUUAGCCCUGGACAACAGUGUUAUGAAUGAGCUCAAUGAGAGCACCCGGCCCAACAAUCCCCUACGAGUACCUUACCUGUACAUUGCAAGGCUCAAGGAGGGCCUCAGCGGCUACUUAAUAGAAAGACAUGUGAAGAACAUCACGCUGCUGGUCUGGGCUAACAGGCACCUGCAGCUCAUAGCCCAGAAGCUAUACCUGCAGGAGGACAGCAACCUGCGUGAAAUGCACACCAUCCUGGCUGAUUAUUUCCUGGGGGUGUGGUCAGGCGGCAGGAGGAAAGCUUUCUGCCUCGAAGACCCCUAUUUGAACGGCUGCCUCGACUUGGAGAACAGAAGCCUGCUGGAGGAAGAAAAGCACUUCAUGGAGCAGGCUUCCUUCGACAGACAGGCUCCCGAUCAGCCCUGGGUGUUCCAGUGCAACCCCCUGGAGCCUGAUAUCUUUUUUGUCAAUCAUAGGAAGAUGUGUGAGCUUUUGUACCACCUGACACGCUGUGGGAAAACCGACGACCUGCUGUACGGCAUCAUCAUGAACUUCAGCUGGCUUUACACCAUGAUCAAGAUCGGCCAGUUUGACAAAGUGCUAACAGACAUCGAGCUGGCUUACAGCUACUCACAAGAGAAGGAGCUGAAGUUCCUGGCCAGCACCCUCCGCAGCAUCAGAAACAAGCUCACUGCGUUCCCGGGAUCCCUCUCUGCAGAGCUUCAGCAAAGGCUGCUGCCUGUCGUAAGCUCCCUGCCCAAACUCAGACACCUUCUCCUAGAAUGCGACAAAGACGGGCCCAAAUACUGCUCCAUCGUCCCGUUGCAUUCGUCCAUGGAUGUGACCUACAGCCCCGAGCGUCUCCCUUUAUCGUCCAGUCACCUGCAUGUCACAGAGAUUCUGCCUACCUGUAACCCCAGCACGGUCCUCACAGCUUUAGAAAACGGUUCCAUCAGCACAUGGGAUGUGGAGACUCGCCAGUUACUCAGGCAGAUCACGACAGCCCAGUCUGUCAUUCUGGGCAUGAAGCUUACCAGCGACGAAAAGUACCUUGUGGUUGCUACAACAAAUAACACCUUGUUGAUUUAUGACAACGUCAACUCCUGCCUCCUGUCUGAAGUAGAAAUCAAAGGUACAAAGCACGGAAGUGGGUCCCCCUACAUCAAUGGAUUUACACUGUCUGUCAACCAUGCCCUCGCCUGGCUGGAGGCCAGCAAAGAUGUCACUGUCAUAGAUCUGCUCUAUGGGUGGCCCCUUUACCAGUUCCACUGCUGGUAUGAAGUGACCUGUGUCCAGUGCUCUCUGGACGGGGUGUACGCUUUCUGCGGGCAAUAUCUGAACACCACCACCAUUUUCCACUUAGGCAGCGGAGAGAAGCUGUGUACGGUGACAUCGGAAUUUUCAGGUGGCUUUGUGAAGUUCCUUCUCACCUUGGACACGGCUCAAGAGAUGGUGAUGGUUGACAGUGAAGGAAGCCUCUCUGUUUGGAAUACAGAGGAUGUUUCCAACCCCCAACUGACAGAUGACUUUGACUGCCGGAGAGAAGACAGCGAGGUGGUCAGCAUCGAGCUUUCAGAGGACCAAAGUGCCGUUCUGAUCUGUAAAGCUCUCAGCAUCGAGCUCUUAGACACCGGCAUGUGGAAGGUGGCCGAAAAGUUCAGAGCCAAGCAUAACGAGCGCUUUAUAUCGGCCGUGCUGUCCAAGAAUGGAGACUGCAUCAUCGCCACCAUGGAGAACACCCCGGCCGUGUUUUUCUGGAGGCGAGAUACGGGUCAGUGCAUGGCCAGCUUACAGGAAAUCUCGGGUACUAUAGUGAAGUUGGUGAAAUCUAGUCACCACAACAUGCUGCUAUCUUUAUCAACCAGUGGUGUCCUUUCCAUCUGGGACAUAGAUAUAAUCACAGCUAUGUCCAACAUAGAUAAGACUGGGAAACCCAUCCAAAGCCUGGUGCUGCCGGCUAGAGGGGAGAUCAUCUACUCCCUCGAUGGCUCCAAUUGCGUGCACAAGUGGAACUUCGGCAGCGGGUUCAUCGAGGCCGUUUUCAAACACGAAGGAAUAGUGGAGCACUGCGUGUUAACAUCCGCUGGAGACAUAAUGGUGACAUCGGACGACAAAAGCAGCCAGUAUGUUUGGCACACCAGCAGCGGGGAAAACCUUUUCCGAAUUAAUGGGCAGAGAAUAUCUCAGCUGCUGAUUACACACAAUGACCAGUUUGUGGUCUCCCUCUGUGAGGAAAAUGCCUCAAGGGUUUGGAGACUGGCCACGGGCCACAGAGUCUGCAACAUCCUGACCACUUUGCAAAAUGCCUUCAUUACCUCCGCCAAUACCUUCGUGGUGGGAAUGACUAAAAGCAAAGUGUUGGCAGUCAGCCUCUGGACAGGAAGCAUCACCAAGAAAUUUUGCUGUGAGGAUGGGACCACCAUUGUGAAUUUUAAAUUGAUCCCUGACUGUCCUGACAUUGUUGUGUUUAUCACAUCGGCUGAGACUGUGAACAUCUGGAGUCUGACGGAUGAAGUGAUCUGUCGGCGUGUGCAGCUUCCCAACAACUUCCUGAAAACCCUGGAAGAUUUUGAAAUUUCUCCCAAUGGAAAGCUAGGCAUCAUAUCUCGUGGGGAUGAGAAUAUCAAUGUGCUUGAUUUACACAGUGGCAAAUUACGGGUAGUUCAUGCGUCUGGAGUCAUCUGGAGGCAAAGGCUGUCUCGAGAUGGUCGCUACCUGGUAUACAUCUGCUUUCGAAAUGGGGAGGAAGAAGAGGAGAAUGAUGCCAUAUCCAGCCUGAUUGUCAUGAGACUGGCCGAUGGCAAAAAUAUCGGUGCUUGUUCCCUUUACAAAACCCCAACUUUUCUUGCCCUCUCUCAAAGACACCUGAACAUCAUUGUUGGUUUUGAUGAUGGAAGUAUAGGGAUAUACACGGUGGUGGACCGUGUAGAUGCUGCACUGAAAAUUAAAAUUGCCACUUCGAACAGCAGACAGAUUUUCAACAAUGCCACACAGACAGCCAGGCCAAAGUCCAACAGUUACUCCUUUAAAGUGUCUGUGGAUUGCUUAUGGAGAGAGUCCACUGAGGUCUUCGCAAGAGACAGCCCCAUCACCGUGAGUGACUCCUCAGAAUCCAAUGAAGCCACACCCUCCAAGAAACACAACUCUUGUUAUGACCGGGUGUGCGCAGCCCUAGAACCCAGGGGCCACAGCUAUUCACCGGAUAACUGAUACAGCGUUUACCUGCUCCACAGAAAUACAUGUCCCACGUGCUACGGGAAAAUCAGUGUGUCUUCUACAACAUAAGUGAUAACCUUCUCAUUUCUUCAGACAGGAACAUGCUGGAAUUCAUGAUUUACAAACAUGCCCACGAAAUGAAACAGAAAUGUGAGACUGGUUCUGGUUGUAUCACCUUUCUGUCAAAGUGUAUCAGGAAGGUAGAGGAUUUCUAGAAGUGUUAUUUAAUGGCUAGUUCACCUGGAAGAGAGAGAGUAAACAUUUUAAAAUAUCUGUGUGAUGAGAAGCAGCAUAAUUCACUACACUGGUCUGGAUGAGAGAGGCUAGAGUUAUCCGUAGACCAUUAUCUUACAAAAACCAGUAAAACCCAUGAUGGGAAAGAGCUGUUUGACUCCAAGUGACUGUGUGAUAAGCAAAAUGCAGCCUUAAUCUCUCUUUUCAUGUUUUGAUCCUGACAACUGUGUAAACCUAGUCUGCAGAAGAGCAGUGUGAAGGUGCAAAAUCAUGUAAUAAAAAUGCCCAGAUGUAGCCCCAGUUUCUCUAGCAACACAGCAUGAACUGUGAGACCAUGAACAGACUGGGGCAGGAGCUCACUCGCUAUCAUAGGGUUACUGAUCAUGCAAAGUCAGUCUUUAUUAAAAUACAGUGGCAACAAUUGCAUGUAAAGGUUUCUGUAUAAAGGAAUAUAUACAUAUACAUCUAUAUAUGUAUAUGUAUAUAGAUAUGAUUUUUUAAACUCUUUCCUGUGUUACAAAUGAACCCAUUUAAUAAGAAACCACAAUCUUUUGCAUACCUUUUUUCCAAAUGUAUAUUUGUGCUGAGUGUAAAGAAGAAAUACAGAAAGGGCAUUACAAAUGUGGUCAAAACACCUGUUCAUUUCUACCACUGUAGUCACAAACAAUCUGUCCUAUUUAGUCAGUUGUCUGGAAACCCAAGUUGUUUUCUAAAGGCCUGCAGUAGCUCGUAAUAGAAAGCAAGCUCUUUUACCAUGCCCUCUCUGAAAACUGAUAACAUUGCCUUACUCUCAUUCCUCCUCUCUCCUGUGUCAAAUGCAGAUACAUGACCAAAUACUCUGGGGCAAACUGAAUAUGCCUGUCUGUGUGCUCAAAUAUUCCAUAACUCUUAAGGGUGUCCCAAGGUUCUUACCUAGCACCCCUGUUUGUAUCACUUUCUUACUUCUCCACGCUGUCUGUCUGCUUCCUUAUCCGUUUCAUUUCUGGACUGAGGACUCUUCUGAGCCACUUAGAGUCUUACCUGUUUCAGAGAGGAAGCUUUGAAAUGGUAUAUUAAAAAAAAAAAAAAAACCUACUUCACCUAUUUGAAAGAAAA